CAUCGCCAUCAUCAUGACCGCCAGCCAAGGUGUUUUCGCGUCGUCUGAGCUUCGUGAUCUAGCGCCAUACCUACUGGCAUCGCUCCCGUUCCUCUGGGCAUUCUAUGCAGUCUUCCUCCACCCUCUUGCUGGAGUGCCAGGCCCAAGACUCGCCAAGGUUACGAGAGGUUGGCACACGUACAAGUGUUUCAAGGGACAGUGGCAUCAAGUCAUUCUUGACCUACAUGAGAAGUACGGACCCGUGGUUCGCAUCGCUCCUGACGAGGUCUCCUUUGUGGAUGCCACUGCGCUAAAGAAGCUCUUCGGCCAUGGAAGCAAUUCGGCACCGAAAACAAAGUGGUACAACACCUGGCAGCUGAGCGGGCAAGGCGAGUCCGUUUUUGCGACGCAAAAUGCCCAGAUGCACGCCAAACUCCGCCGCAAACUUGCCUCGACGUACUCAAUGACAGCGAUCCUGCAGGUCGAGAGUCUCGUCCAAGAAGUUGCCGACGAAAAUUGGGCGGCAUUUGAGCGCAUCGCUGGCGAGUCUCGCGUCAUUGACCUCGACUUCUGGACCGGGGCUUUUUCGUACGACGUUGUCAGUGAGCUGGGCAUGGGAGGCCGCCUUGGGUUCGUCAAGUCAGCCACCGACGUCAAUGGCCUCAUUCGUGCCGUCACUGAUGGAUUCUAUACCAUCACAAACAUGGGUCACGUCCCCGGUCAGAUGCUGCUGUUUGACAAUCCCAUCACAAGUUCCCUGCUCAAGCUGUUUGGUGCGCGAAACGCCUUUGAGGACUUCAUCAAGUGGCUCGACGAGCGUGUGAGGUGCAGACAGGACGGGACAGAGCCGGCAAAGAGACACGAUAUGCUCGAGAGUUUCCGAACCCCAAAAGGCGACGACGAGCAGGUCACGCACCCGGAGGUCAUGGUAGAGGCCAUCAACCUUCUCGGGGCUGGCGCGGAUACAACAUCAAUCGGCAUUCGAGCGGUACUCGGUCACCUUCUCGAGUACCCAGAAUCAUACAAAGCCGUUCAAGAAGAGAUUGAUGGCUAUUUUGCGGUCGUCGGCGACCUCGAGGCACCCUCGAAGCUUUCUUUCAAGGAGUGCCAGAAGCUCCCCAAACUUCAGAAUGUCAUUCGGGAAGCACAGAGGCUACAUCCCAGCAUUGUUUAUCAGCUCCCGAGGUUGAGCCCGGGCGUUGAGAUUGCGGGACACUUCAUCCCCCCCGGAUACGCCGUCAGCAUCAGCUCUCUCUCAGCCAACCGAGACAAGGCCGUCUUUGGAAGCGAUGCCAACUCCUUUAGACCAAGCCGUUGGGAAGACGAAGACGAGGCCAAGAGGAUGGACUCGAUGCUGUGCACGUUUGGAGCUGGUAACCGCUCUUGCCUCGGCAAAAACCUGGCCCUCGUCGAGAUCAACAUCUAUGUCGCCCAGCUUUUGCGGCAAUAUGAUCUGGAAUCGGCGGUUGAGCAAGGACAACCAAAGUGGAAGAACUACUCGCAGUGGUUCAACAUGCAGACCGACUUUCUUGUUCGGCUACGUCGCCGGUCUAACGGAUCUACCUGAGGUGCGCUCAUCGUCUCAUCUUCCUCUCCCGCUGUCAUCCUGUCCCACCACUCCAAUCUUCGACCACAAAGCUCUCACUGGCACCAGUGCCUUUUUAAGUCCAAGAACAAAACCUCAAGGAAAUGAAUGAGU